UCGCGCCGUUGCCAUGGGAGACGCGGCAGCGCUCGCGCACUACUGUGGCUCGCGAUCAGCUCAGAAAGUCCGUUACGAUCACGCGGAAUCAGGAUGAUUUUACUAUUCAUACGGAGGAUUUCACGAUUCACACGGAAUUAAAGAGAGGCGAAGUCUGGGUCUGGACUUGCACUGAUUCAAAGGACGAACAUCUCAGCACGCUCCGAUGAGGAUUUCAGUUCUUCAGGAACAUUAAUAUUCCCUUGAGCAUCUGAAUGUUUACUCCUCACCGUAUGCAGCAUGGCUGAAUCCAGGAUUAAACGGCCAGUGGAACAGCUCCAGGAAUUAUCCUCGCUGUGCUUUGGUUUUUCAUGGAGUAGCAGGAAGUGAGAUGGAAUUUCCUCCAUAUAAUCACGACGAGAUGAUCUCCUCCUCAGACGUCUGCUGAAGAGUUUCAUAUGGCCGAGGGCUGUGGUGUUGUUUUCUAGUAUUUUUCUGAUCGCUGCUGAUAUGCUCCAGACCAAUAACUACUCGCUGGUGCUGCUGAUCCAGCUGGCACUGCUGACCUUUGACCUGUUCGUCAACUCCUUCAGUGAGCUGCUGCGGGCCGCACCGGUCAUACAGCUUGUGCUCUUCAUAAUCCAGGACAUCGGCAUCCUGUUUAAUGUGAUCAUCAUUCUUCUGAUGAUGUUCAACACAUACGUGUUCCAGGUGGGACUGGUGUCUCUGUUACUGGAGCGAUUCCGAGCGCUGCUGAUACUGUCUGCUCUCUACCUGACUCUCAGCAUCUGCUUUCACUGCUGGGUCAUGAACCUGAGGUGGAUGGAGUCCAAUCGUUUCGUGUGGACGGACGGGCUGCAGGUUCUCUUUGUGUUCCAGAGACUGGCUGCUGUGUUGUAUUACUACUUCUACAAACGCACAACCGAGUAUCUGGGAGACCCCCGACUUUACGAAGACUCCCCGUGGCUCCGUGACGCAUUUGCUAGAGCGCGACAGUGAAACGAAACGUCUGGAAACGAAUCCAAAAUGGAGCACGGGGGACGUUAACGUUGUGCAAUGCAACACACAACCGAAGCAUUUCAAGAAACAGAACGGAUGGACUCUUUCUGAGCCCCGCCACCUUAAAACAGACUUCUGGAUUGUAGGAAAGAGCCAAGAUGGCGACUGGAGAGAUCUCAUUUUGUGUUUUUAAUGACUGAGAAGCCCAACGAGAUAUAACAUCAUGAAACCUGACGUCUCAAUAUCUCUAAACACAUUUUAGUUCAAUAGUACAUGAUCUUACAGCCGCUAAAAUGAUCAUAAAUUACUUCUUACAUGUUGGUUGUGUAGAAAUCUCAUUGUGUAAAGUAAAAUGUCUUUUUAUAUGGUUUUGGAUCAUUGAUUUUGCAGCGUUUGAUUGUACAGUUGAACUAAGAGAGACUUCGUUCACUUCGGUUUGCCUUUGAAACGACGAGUGGAAAUUGGUCUCAAGGAAUCGUGUGAAUUUUUAUAUAUUGUGCCCCUUUUUCUUAACAUUUUCUUUGUAAUAUUUUCCUACACAUCCUCCAAGUGACGCACGUUUGGUGUAUUUUCAGUAAAUUGUCGACGGAGCAUUAACAAAGUGCCUCACUGUUCACCCAACACUUCACUAAGUGAGUAACAGCAGAGCGUCAGUGCACUUGUUAUGCCGAAAUCCAGAUCCUCUUUUUCUGUUAUUCAUGUUGUCCCAGUAAACAUUUUCCAUUGUCCUGAAUCGUGUCCCUAAUGCUUUAUUUCUAUUUAUCAUAAACAUAAACAUUCUUUAAGGAAUAAUUCAACCACAAAUAGUCCUCAAUCCAUAAUAUCGCUUAAGUAAAAAUGUCUUCUUGUCCGAAACAAGAAAGUAUGACAACAGUCCUAAACAUUUUGGUGUUAUUAUGGACUCAGAUUUGGUCCAGAAGCAAUGGUGUAAAGUUAAAAUGCCUUAAAAAUGAUUUGUUUCUUACAAACAUGCAUGCUUCAUAAAAUGAUAACUGAUGGGACAGAAGUGGUGGGGAUUAUUGUGAUGUUUAUCAGCUGUUUGACUCUCAUUUUGACGGCACCCAUUUACUGCAGAGGAUCUAUUGGUGAGCAACUGAUGUAAUGCUACAUUUCUCCAAAUCCGAUUAACUAUUUUUUGGGUGAACAGUUUCUUUCAGUUUUCAGUGCACGUCUGUAGUCUCUUUAUCUCUGAGACAGGCGAGGAUCUCCACGCUGACAGACUGAUCUAUUCUGAUCAGUCAGAUUAGGCUUGGAUUGGGGUUUUACGCACCACAAACAGCCCGCAGGACACAAAUAGCAUGCUGUGUUUUCAAAUACCCAGCCAACUCGCUCCUCUCAUCGUGUGAGGAUGAAUGUAGGAACGUACUGACGUAUGAACAUUUUAAAAUACUCUCAUCCUCAGGUCAUCCAAGAUUAGGAUGAGUUUGUUUCUUCAUCAGGUUUGGAGGAAUGUAGCAUAACAUCAGUUGCUCAGUGAUGGAUGCUCUACAGUGAAUGGGUGCCAUCAGAAUGAGAGUCCAAACAGCUGAUAAAAACACCACAAUAAUCCACACAUCUCCAGUCCAAUGGUUAACGUCUUGUGAAGAGAAACGCUGUGUUUGUAAGAAACAAAUGAAUUAAUAUUUAAUCAGAUGAAGCAUUUGUUGGUGAAUCUCUGCUUGACAUGUUGCUGUGGGAAAAAUAAUGACUGACUGAUUGUAAAAUAUUUUUCUAUGAAUUGUAAUAAAAGUAUUUUAAUAUU